CCUAAAACUGACUGGACUGAGCCUAAACCUGACCGGACUGAGCCUAAACCUGACUGGACUGAGCCUAAACCUGACUGGAAUGAGCCUAAACCUGACCGGACUGAGCCUAAACCUGACCGGACUGAGCCUAAACUCGACCGGACUGAGCCUAAACCUGACUGGAAUGAGCCUAAACCUGACUGGACUGAGCCUAAACCUGACUGGACUGAGUCUAAACCUGACUGGAAUGAGCCUAAACCCGACUGGACUGAGCCCAAACCUGACUGGACUGAACCCAAACCUGACUGGACUGAGCCUAAACCCGACUGGACUGAGCCCAAACCUAACUGGACUGAGCCCAAACCCAACCAGACCGAGCCUAAACCCGACCAGACCGAGCUUAAACUCGACCAGACCGAGCCCAAACCCGACCAGACCAAUCCCAAACCCAACCAGACCCAGCCCAAACCCAACCAGACUGAGCCUAAACCCAACCAGACCGAGCUUAAACUCGACCAGACCGAGCUUAAACCCAACCAGACCGAGCUUAAACUCGACCAGACCGAGCUUAAACCCGACCGGACCGAGCCCAAACACCCCAAACCCAACCAGACCGAGCCCAAACCCAACCAGACCGAGCCCAAACCCAACCAGACCGAGCCUAAACACCCCAAACCCAACCAGACCCAGCCUAAACCCAACCAGACCGAGCCCAAACCCAACCAGACCGAGCCCAAACCCAACCAGACCGAGCCCAAACCCAACCAGACCGAGCCCAAAUCCAACCAGACCAAUCCCAAACCUGACCAGACCGAGCCUAAACACCCCAAACCUGACUGGACCGAGCCUAAACCCAACCACACCGAGCCCAAACCAGACCAGACCGAGCCCAAACCCAACCAGACCGAGCCUAAACCCGACCAGACCAAGCCCAAACCCAACCAGACUGAGCCUAAACCCAACCAGACCGAGCCUAAACCCAACCAGACCGAGCUUAAACUCGACCAGACCAAGCUUAAACCCGACCGGACCCAGCCCAAACACCCCAAACCCAACCAGACCGAGCCCAAACCCAACUAG